AUGUUUCCCUUUUCACUGACCCUGUUCCCUAAUUGGAGCUGGCUGUGUAUCUUUGUCGUGCUUUUUUUGUUUCGUUAUGUCCGUCUUUGGGUCAACCUCGCCAGCAACUGGACGUACACGCCCAUGCAGCCUGUCGACGACCCAACAAUCACCUCCAAGGACAUGACAGUCAUCAUUCCCACCGUUGCCGAGGAUCUCCAGCAAUUAAAAGAGACGGUCCAAAGCGCAUAUCGCCUCGAGCCCUUCGAGUUGCUACUCGUCACGCCUGACUCGCGUGUUAAGCGUGUCUAUCAGAUGGUUGAAGAGCUCGGCAGCCCCAAGAUUAUUCAGGUCUUGUCCGUCAGCCAGGCCAACAAGCGUCGCCAGCUGUGCCGCGCCAUUCCCGAGGUCGAGACCAAGAUUACGCUUCUGCUCGACGACGACGUCUGGCUGCCUGAAAAGUUCACCAAAUGGAUCCUGGCUCCCUUUGAGGACCCACGCGUGGGCGGAGUUGGCACCAACCAGCAGAUUCGCCGCUUCAACCGCUCCAACAUUUGGGAGUUUCUAGGCGCCAUCUACCUGGUCAGGAGAAAUUUCGACUGCACCGCCUGCAACUGGAUAGACGGCGGCCUGCCCUGCCUGUCCGGCCGCGCCGUGGCCUAUCGAUCGGAGAUUUUGCAAGACCCCAACUUCACCUAUGGCUUCACACACGAGACAUGGGGCAGCGACCACUUCCUCAAUGCUGAUGACGACAACUUCAUCACCCGCUGGCUGUUUUCGCACAACUGGAGAAUUCAGAUGCAGAACCACCGCGAGUGCGAGGUCGAGACGACACUCGAAGACGACACCAAGUACCUGCGGCAAUGUCUGCGUUGGGUCCGUUCUAACUGGAGAAGCAACCUGACUAGCUUGACCGAGGGUUACAUGUGGAUGAGGUACCCAUGGUCACUCUAUGCCGUCUUCCAGACCACCGUCACGCAAUGGGCGUUCCUGCUCGACUGCGCCCUGCUUGCAUCGGCCUACUUUGCCCUCUGUGAGACUGGAUACUACCCAGCCGACGAGGGCCAACUGUCGCGUGCCGACAAGUGGCAGCGCUCGCUUCUGUGGACACUGUUUAUCGCGCACUGGGUCUUUGCAAAGACGAUCAAGCUAGUGCCGCAUCUGCUAAGGAACCCCGGCGACGUCCGCUUCGUGCCCGUCUCGAUUCUCUUCGGCUAUUUCCACAACCUUAUCAAGCUCUACGGCUGCAUCACCGUCACAGAGACUACAUGGGGCACCCGUGAGGGCGCCGAUGCAGACGACAACAUCCGAAUGUUGCCGAUCCCGCCGAUGGCAGCGAUUACGCCUCCCCUGACACCUCCGCCAGGCGGACGCGUCCUCCGAGAGCGAUGCGCCGGCUUCCCGAUGAUGAAGUAG